AUGAAGGACAGCGGAGACUCCAAGCACCAACUCAUGGUGGCGCUGCGGGUCCGGCCCAUCAGCGUGGCAGAGCUGGAGGAGGGAGCUACCCUCAUCGCCCACAAGGUGGAUGAACAGAUGGUCGUUCUCAUGGACCCCAUGGAGGAUGCCGAUGACACCCUGCGGGCCCACCGCUCCCGAGAGAAGUCCUACCUGUUUGAUGUGGCCUUCGACUUCACUGCCACCCAGGAGAUGGUGUACCAGGCCACCACCAAGAGCCUCAUCGAGGGGGUCAUCUCGGGCUACAAUGCCACCGUCUUUGCCUACGGACCUACUGGCUGCGGGAAGACCUACACCAUGCUGGGUACUGACCACGAGCCGGGCAUUUACGUCCGCACGCUCAAUGACCUCUUCCGCGCCAUUGAGGAGACCAGCAGCGACAUGGAGUACGAGGUGUCCAUGUCCUACCUGGAGAUCUACAAUGAGAUGAUCCGGGACCUACUGAACCCCGCCCUGGGGUACCUGGAACUGCGGGAGGAUUCCAAAGGAGUGAUCCAGGUGGCUGGAAUCACCGAGGUGUCCACCAUCAACGCCAAAGAGAUUAUGCAGCUGCUAAUGAAGGGGAACCGGCAGAGGACACAGGAGCCCACGGCCGCCAACCAGACCUCGUCCCGCUCCCACGCCGUGCUGCAGGUGGCUGUGCGUCAGCGCAGCCGCAUCAAGAACAUCCUGCAGGAAGUGCGGCAGGGCCGCCUCUUCAUGAUUGACCUGGCGGGUUCUGAGCGGGCCUCCCAGACGCAGAACCGGGGGCAGCGCAUGAAGGAGGGCGCCCACAUCAACCGCUCCCUGCUGGCCCUGGGCAACUGCAUCAACGCGCUGAGUGACAAGAGCAGCAACAAGUACAUCAACUACAGGGACAGCAAGCUGACCCGGCUGCUGAAGGACUCCCUGGGGGGGAACAGCCGCACAGUAAUGAUUGCCCACAUCAGCCCAGCCAGCAGCGCCUUUGAGGAGUCUCGGAAUACCCUGACCUACGCCGGCCGGGCCAAGAACAUCAAGACCAGGGUGAAGCAGAACCUACUGAGUGUCUCCUACCACAUCGCCCAGUACACCGCCAUCAUCGCCGACCUGCGCGGCGAGGUCCAGCGGCUCAAGUGCAAGAUCGACGCGCAGGCGGGCCGGGGCGGGGCCCGGGGCCGGAUGGAGCGCGGCGACAUCCGCCACAUCCAAGCCGAGGUCCAGCUGCACAGUGGGCAGGGCCAGCAGGCUGAAAUGGCGCAGCUCCGGGAGCAGCUGGUCAGCGCCUUCCAGGAGCAGAUGGACGUGCGCAGGCGCCUGCUGGAGCUGGAGAACCACGCCAUGGAAGUCCAAAUUGACACCUCCCACCACCUGCUCACCAUCGCCGGCUGGGAGCAGGAGAAAUCCCGCAGGACCCUCAAGUGGCGCGAGGAGCAGCGGAAGGAGUCCUUCACCAAGGAUGACAGCGAGAAGGACUCGGACACAGGCGAUGACCAGCCGGACAGUCUGGAGCCGCCCGAGGUGGCCUCAGCCCGGGAGAACAUCGCCGCCCUGGUGGGCGAGCAGAAGAAGCUGCGCCAGGAGAAGCUGGCGCUGGAGCAGCGCUGUCGUGAGCUGCGCACGCGCGGCCGCCGCCUGGAGGAGACGCUCCCGCGGCGCAUCGGCUCCGAGGAGCAACGCGAGGUGCUCAGCCUGCUGUGCCGCGUGCACGAGCUCGAGGUGGAGAACACGGAGAUGCAGUCGCACGCGCUGCUGCGCGACGGCGCGCUCCGCCACCGCCGCGAGGCCAUGCGCCGCCUGGAGCAGCACCGCUGCCUCUGUGAUGAGAUCAUCCAAGGCCAGCGGCAGGUCAUCGACGACUACAACCUGGCAGUCCCCCAGCACCUGGAAGAGCUCUAUGAGGUGUACCUGCGGGAGCUAGAAGAGGGUAGCCUGGAGCGGGCCACCAUCAUGGACCGAGUGGCCUCCCGGGCUCUGCAGGACAGCUCCUUGCCCAAAAUUGCCCCUGCAGGGACCCUGCUGACCCCAGAUUCUGACCUAGAGAGCGCGAAGACCCUAAGCUUAGAGGCCCAACACCUGCCAAACUGCAGCCUCCCCCCACUCAGCACGGAGAGUGAAGCUAACCAGGUGUUCAAGGCCAAUCCCCGGGCCUGGCAGGUGAAGGGCUCCUCCGUGCCCACCCCGCCCCCCAUCCAGAUCGGUGGCCUGGUGACCCAGGAGACCCCUACUCUGGACUGCAUGGCCAGCCUGAGCAGCAGGAUGAACUCCUCCCCGGACAGCAUCGAGAACCUGGCAGACAUGCCCUUGUCCCACAAAGAGCGGAAGGAGAUUGUCACCAGCACCAAGUGCAUUUCCGUGAAGGCAGCGCGGCGGCGCUCGCGGGCUCUGGGCACCGAGGGCCGCCACCUGCUAGUGCCCGCGGCGGAGCGCAGCAGCCUGUCCCUGCGUUCGCUGAGCGAGGCGGACGAUGCGCGGCCCCAUGGCCCGCCGGCCUACAAGCGGCCGCCCAGCCCCACACUGCAGGACGCAGUCAGUGAGGACAACCUGUCCAGCAGCACCAGCGAGGCCCCAGCCCAGCCGGCUGGACCGCGCGGCCAGAAGAAAAGCCCCUGCAAGAAACGCGAAGAGUCAAUAGAGGUCAAGAGAAGGAAGCGGAGGUCCAGGUCCUUUGAGGUCACAGGGCAAGGGCUCACCGCCCCCAAGAACCACCUCCUGGGGCUGCGAACCGUGGAGAACACCUCAGACCACAGGGUGCCAGCCAACGGGCACCCAGCCCCCAGGACCCGGCACCCUGAAAAGGCCACGCUGCCUUUGGCCAAAGUCAAACUCCCUCCAGGCCAGAUGGCAGGUCCUGGGGGCCCCUCACCUCUUGCUGUUCCCCCCAACCCAGCUGGUGUUUCCCGACGGGCUGCCCGAGGGCCCCGCCUGUCUCAUGGCCCAAGCACCCAUGGCAAAGAUGGACGUUUCCGCCGUAAUUGAGGGGCCUGCCUGCCACUGACCCUCCUGCCCCGCCCCACCUUGAGUGGGGUGUCUCAGGGAAAUGGGAGAUGGAGGUGGGGCAGAGGGUGUGACAGGGGAGCUGGGUUGCAGGGUCUCAAAAGCCCUAGGUUCUCCGAAGUUCUAAACCUAUCAUGUCUUCAGUGUCACCUGGGAUGGAAGGUGACAUCAGGAGGCAGGGUGGGGACAACCCUGGACAGAACCCUCAUGCCAAAACCCUGCACCGACAGACCUGUGGCCAGAAGCGGCCUCGGAGAUG